CAUCUUUCCCCGAAUACAUCAAUGACUGAAAGGUUAAGGACCAAAAUCAGAAGACCAUGACAAUGUUUAUGCGUGUGUGUCAAAGAUCUGUAGCUAUAGACGGCUGCCUUCAUCUUCGGCGGGCAUUUCGAAAGUGUACGUGUUUCUUUGGACCAUUGUCGCGGUAUGUAAACAGCGCCAGUGGAACACACAGUGUUUCAGAUGGAGAUGUGAUAUACCAAACCUUCAAAAAUGAAGAUGGAAAUGUUUCUGUAGCAAAGUUCAUAGCUGCUCUGAAAGAAGCUGGUUUUAGAGUCAAGGAUCGAAGGCUACAAGAAACAAUGGCAAACUUUGCACAGUAUUUACAACAAGAAAAUUUUGAAGGAUUUGUGGAUGAGACAACAUUCAGAAGAUCAAUCAAAAAGAAUAUUGUCCUAAUAGAGAAAGCACUUCGGGGAGAUUUUGUGAUUCCAGAAUUUAGUCAGUUUACAAAACGUAUCGAGGAAAUAUAUCACAAAUGUAAACCAAACAGUGGAGGAAAGGUUGCUGACUAUAUCCCACAGUUGGCAAAGUUUGAUCCUAACCUCUGGGGCGUGGCUGUUUGUUCAGUUGAUGGGCAGAGAUUUUCAAUUGGAGAUGACAAAGAACACUUUUGUCUUCAGUCAGUAUCCAAAUGUCUUCACUAUCCAAUAGUUUUGGAGGACUUAACAGCAGAAGUGGUGCACAGAUAUGUAGGACGAGAACCCAGUGGUCAAACAUUUAACUAUUUACACCUGAAUAGCCAAGACCGACCCCAUAAUCCAAUGUUGAAUUCUGGUGCUCUUGUUUUGUGUGCACUUCAAAAGCCUGAAUGGCCAUUGGCAGACAGAUGUGAAUAUGUUCAGGAAAAAUUUAAACAUAUAGCUGGUGGGGAAUACAUUGGAUUUAGUAAUGCUACCUUUUUAUCUGAGCGUGAAACUGCUGACAAAAACUAUGCUCUGGGAUACUACAUGAAUGCUCACAAGGCUUUUCCACCUAACACAAAUCUGAUGGAUACUUUUGAACUUUACUUUCAUACUUGCUCCACAGAAACAAACUGUGAUGCUGGUAGUGUUAUGGCAGCAACCCUGGCAAAUGGAGGAAUUUGUCCUUUGACUGGUGAAAAAGUAUUCAGCUCACAGACUGUACAACAUACGCUGUCUCUCAUGCUUUCUUGUGGACUGUAUGAUUACUCUGGACAAUUUGCCUUUCAUGUAGGCUUGCCAGCCAAGUCAGGUGUAAGUGGUGCAGUCUUGAUAGUUGUGCCUAAAGUUUGUGGUAUGAUGGUCUGGUCGCCACCACUGGAUGAUCUAGGUAACAGUGUCAGAGGAAUGCAGUUUUGUAAGGAACUUGUCAGCUUGUUCGAUUUCCAUAACUAUGACCUGAAGGGUGCUUCAUCAGGUAGAAAACUGGACCCUCGCAGAAGAAAGGCUGAAGUACAGGGAGAAAAAGUUGUUUCUCUUCUUUAUGCUGCAAGUUAUGGAGAUGUAACAGCCUUAAGGAGAUAUUAUCUGUCAGGCACAGACAUGACUAUGCAAAACUACGAUGGAAGGACAGCUUUACAUGUUGCCGCUGCUCAAGGCCAUCAGGAGGUCAUCAAAUUUCUUCUAGAGAAAUGUGAGGUUCCAGUUGAUCCAAAAGAUAGGUGGGGAUUUUCACCACUUGACGAAGCAGUGCGAUUUGACCAUCAGGCCUGUGUGGACCUGAUAAAACACCAUCUUCAGUUACAAGGAAAAACUAUUCAGUAAUUGGUAGAGCCUUGUGAUACAUGAAGUUGACCAAAAGGAUCAAUUCCUAGGUAUAAAAUAUGAGUUUAAAAACCAUUUUAUUUGUAAAAUUUGAAGUGACCUCACUGAAAUGAUAUACUGCAUUCCUAAAAUAAGCACUUAUGUUCUCUAAUAAGGGCCUUCCCCCAAAAAGCACCUUCCCAUGAAUAAGUGCCCACCCCCUAAGGUCAUAUUUAUCAAACAAGUGCCUCACUCCUCCUCCCUUUCUCAAAUAGCAGGGAUGAAAGGCAAACUUGUUUCUAUUUCCACCUUGUUUAUAAAUUUUCAAGCUUCAGUACAGAAUAAUAAUUGAUUAAUAAGCACCCUCCUCAAUUGGGGGCAUCCUCCUUCCAAUAAGUGCUCCUCCCCUAGGCUGAAAUUUUAAAUAAGGGCCUGAGUGCUUAUUCACAAAUUACGGUGUGCACCAAAAUGCGUGCAGCAAUGCAUUAUAGAGAACAGUUACUGGUAACUAAGUUAUUUUAUUUAUCAUUCAAAGUUUUAAAUAUCAACAAACAAUGUAAGGUUAAAGGUACUAGUGUGAAAAAAGGAAAGUUCCUUAAUGCAAGUGUGUUGCAAAAAGCAGGUAUUAUAUCCAAGUAAGGAUAAUUAUAUAUUUUUGAGAAAUUUGCUUGAAACUACAGAAUACCAAAUCUUAGCCAGUUUUAUCCCAAAGGGAACUUAUUUUUUUAAAAUGGAACUGGGUCUCACGCUUAUUACAAACUUAUCAUAAUUGACAACUUUCAAAGACAAUGAAA